CUCCAAUCAGCAGAACCGACGUCCGAAGUAGCGGAACCUUCGAGGCGAAACUGCGAAUUCUGCAACUCGUCGCAGUCAAGAACGGAAACUUCGAGCCGAAAUGCAGCGCGUCACCUCGUCGUAGUCGAGAACGGAUCCGAAGUGAGAAGCGACUUUCCGACUGAUCCCGACGCAGUGAUGUCGUGGUCGUGACGUAGUUGCCCGAAAGGUUCGAGCGACGUAGUUAGUUGGCAGGAGGCGGCGCUGACCACACUGCCCGCCCGUUCCCGCGGCAGAGCGCGCGUAGACGUUGGCGCCCAAGUCAAAGUCUAGUGCGCCGAGAGCGGAGGGGAACAAAACAGUCUGUGGGUCGGGUCGGGGCGGGUCGGGGCGAGGGGGGCGGGACUGGGGGAUUGAUUAAUGUUAUUUUGGGGACCCCGAGGGGUGACACAAAUCACGGAAGCGUACGAGUUCCAAUUUAGGCUUGUGGCAGACAUUGUUGCCACUUUCGUACCGUGGGGCGUUGUCAGUGAGUCAGCGAGCCUGCCAAGCUGCGCAUGCUGCGUCUGUCAUCGUGAUGUGGCCAAUGUGUGCGUCCAUGAGUGUCGGGGUUGAUUGAGCUCGGGCUCUGCGUGAUCGCGAUCAAGUUUUGAGCCAAGGUACUAGUUCACGACUCAUAUGGUUGAUCGCCGCUUUCUUUUGACAAUUGGCACGUGAUGGCAUGUGAGUGAGAGACAGAGUGAGUGAGGUUCAUUUUGCUUCUGGUCGAUAUUGGAUCGCGUACAAAGUUUUGAUCAAGCUUUGCGUCUUCUUGGAAAGAAAUUGUGGAAUUUUCUGGGGUUUAGUGCUCUGAGCGCGCAUUCCAGAGAAGGAAAGGGAUGCGCUGACCGUAGAGAUACAAGCAGAGUUUCUCUGUUGGCCGCCAGGUUUACUAUCAAACUGGAGAAAAUAUCAAUCAGAUCAGAUAUGACGCUGGAAGACGGGAUUUGUAUCGUGAAUAACGAUGAUGAUAACGAAGAUGGGUAGGAUUCGAGGUCUGUGAAUGCAAAUGAUAGCUGCGACCAGCUGGAAUAAUGACCUCGGCGUCGAGUGCCCCAUCGUCGCCUGGAGCGUCGUCAGCAAGCGAUGACUUCGCUGCAAUGCUCGAUGAGGAGCUACAGGGAUCGUUGGAAGAAACCGGUGUUGUCUUGGAGGAAGUCGGAGAAGAUGCGGAUGUCGAAGUUGAUGAUGAUGAUGAAGCGGAGGAGGAGCCUGAGCAAGAGGAUGUGGCAUUGGAGACAGAUCCUGGAGAAGACUCUGUUGUAGAAGAGGACGAGGAGGAAGAAGAGGUUGACGUUGAAAAUGCUGGCAACAACGAAAAGCCUGACGAUUUUGGGGGCGAGAAUGGCGAACGAUUGGGGAAAGCUACAGCAUCUAAGGAGGAUUAUGAAGUAAGGGAGGAAAUGGAAGGUCGCAAGCGUAAGCGAGAAGAGGAGGAUGAUAAGCGAGAUCCUAAGAAUGCCAAAGGAGUAUGUCCACCGCACCCAGGCUUCAUGUGGGGCGUGUGUAUCCGUUGUGGCGAGAAUAGACAAACCAGCAAUAGUGAACCAGCUGAGAUCGGUGUUGCGCUUCGCUACAUUCAUGAGGGGUUGGAGGUGACUGAAAGAGAAGCAGCAAGAAUGCGUCGCGAUGAGCUAAAACAUGUCAUUGCUAGGAAAAAGCUCUACUUGGUUCUAGAUCUGGACCACACACUUCUUAAUUCUGCUCGAUUUAUAGAGGUGCCUCCUGAUGAAGAGGCGUACCUAACAGCUUGUUACUCGAAGGCUAGGUCUGCUAAGUCAGAGCAAGCGUCCGGAUCUCAUCGAGGAGCCUCAGGGCCACAAGGAACCGUGGACAGUGGUUACAAUCAUGGACUGAAUAGGUUGAAUCACUUGCAGAUGUGGACUAAAUUGAGGCCUUUUGUACAUGACUUUUUGGAUGCUGCCAGCAAGAUGUUUGAAAUGUAUGUAUACACCAUGGGAGAACGCACCUAUGCUGUAGCCAUGGCACGUCUCCUAGAUCCGACUGGACGAUUCUUUGGUGAUCGGGUUAUAUCCCAGGGAGAUAGUACACGCCGCACUACGAAGGACCUUGAUGUAGUCCUGGGAGCUGAGUCCGCAGUUGUGAUUCUCGAUGACACUGAAGGGGUGUGGCCCAAGCAUAGACCCAACCUUGUGUUGAUGGAAAGAUAUCACUUCUUCAGAUCCAGCUGCAGACAGUUUGGACUGAAAGGUUUAUCACUUACAGAUAAAAGAAAGGACGAAAGCGAAGAGGAGGGGACUCUAGCCACUGCUCUCGGCACUCUCAGGAGUCUGCAUCAUGCUGUCUUCAAUGAAUCGGCUGAGCGGGGUAGCUCUAAACGGAAUUCCACGAAUGUGGAGGAUGUCAGAAAGGUACUACAAACAUUGAGGAAAAGAACCUUGAAGGGCUGCCGAGUCGUUUUCAGCCGCAUUUUCCCCUCAGGGAUGCCCGACAUGGAAUCUCAUCCCUUUUGGCGAUUGACAGAAGAACUAGGAGCCACUUCUUCCAACACAUUGCAUCCGUCUGCCACACACAUCGUGGCUUUGGAUCGAGGAACAGACAAGGCACGCUGGGCCAAGAAGCAUGGAAAAUUCUUGGUGCAUCCGGCCUGGGUUGAGGCUGCUCAGUACCUAUGGUGCCGGCCAAGAGAGGAGGAUUUUCCAGUUGCUGAGAACAACCCCGAACCUCCCCUAAUAGCGUUUGCCAAAACGAUUGAUAGAAUUGAAGAGGAAAGUAGGUCUAGUGCACCAGAGAAUGGGAUGUCAGUAGAAGAUACUUCACAAAUCAGUGACGUGAAAGGCGAGACAAACGGUGAAGGUGAGCCUCAUGGUUUAGAUGGGGCCCAAAAGAGUGAAGAGAAACCAGUUUUGGAUACUGCGAAGGCGUCUCUUCUCAUAAAUGAAGCUCCCGAAGCAGUCGUAUAACGACUGUCAUCGUUUGGAGCCUAGGCAACGUAACUCUGUACACUACUCUCAACAGUAACAUGAGAAAAGCUUGUGAUGUCUGUGGAUGCUGUGAGUCAAUGUUGUAUGAAGAAUAGACUUGUUUCAAAGUAAUCCAUUAUUGCCUCGGGAGGUUGAACUUUUCCGGA